AUGCUUUUUGAAUUGUCAGCAAAGAAUAAGAGACUUUUAGCGACUUGUAUAUUAAUUAUUUGUCUAACAUUGUUCACCUCAAUGCCAUAUAUUCCCCAUUUUAAGUCGGCGAGCCCAAAGGUUGUAAUAAUCUUGGCAGCUAAUGAAGGUGGUGGAGUGCUCAAGUGGAAGGGCCCGCAGGAAUGGUCCGUUGAAAGGUCCUCCAUUGCUAAUAAGAAGAACUACGCAAGGCAACAUGGCUAUGGAUUGACUAUAAAAGACAUGACAAUCAAGAAGAGAUAUUCCCAUGAAUGGAGAGAGUCGUGGGAAAAAGUAGACAUCUUGAAACAAACAAUGAGACAAUAUCCUAACUCUGAGUGGUUUUGGUGGUUGGAUCUACACACCUACAUUAUGGAACCUCAAAUUUCUCUCGAACAACACUUCUUGAAUGAUUUGAAUAAUGCAACUUACAGAUCCUUGGAAACAUUUAAUCCAUUAAAAUUACCUGUUGAUCUCCCUUAUGUUGACUAUAAUCUGCAAGUAGAUUUAAUAAUUACGCAAGACUGCGGUGGAUUUAAUUUAGGUUCCUUUUUGAUGAGAAGGUCUACUUGGUCUGAGAUGCUCUUGGAUGCAUGGUGGGAUCCAGCUAUGUAUGAACAAAUGCAUAUGCAGUGGGAACAUAAGGAACAAGACGCUUUGGAAUCUUUAUAUUCCACUCAAUCCUGGAUAAGAGAGAGAACGGCCUUUUUGCCUUUGAGAAAGAUAAAUUCGUUUCCGAAUGGGGCCUGUUCUGAACAAGCUGAUGACCCACAAUUCUUCUUUCAGCCUCAUGACUUCGUUAUUAAUAUGGCAGGCUGCGAAUGGGGCAGAGACUGUUGGGGCGAAAUGGAACAUUACAAAGCAUUAUCUAGAAAGCUCCAUAAAAGGUGGUGGAAGUUUUGGAUAUGA